UCCCGAACGUAAUAAGUCACUUUAAUAUUAUAGGUAGGCCUUGAAAAAUGAAACAAAUGAAACAUGAUGCAUUAUAAAAUAAUAACAGCUGUCAUUUGCUGUGUUGUUGUCAUUGUUAUUGUCAUUAUUCUGCUGUGUUACAUUCAGAAAGUGUAGUUAUUUGAAUUUUGAAUCUUUUCUGCAAUGCCGAUUUCUAACCAAGAAGCAUUUAAUAUGCUGGCGAUAUAUUUUGAGUGUUUGCAAAAUGCGACCAUCGCUGCCCGCGCCUUCUAUUUGCGCUAUCCGAAUCGACCACGAUACCAUCGCCGCGUGUUUGUGCGUUUGGCCCAGUGCCUGUUAACAACAGGUAGCAUCCAUAGACCUGCCAUGAUUAGAAAUAGGCAAAAUAACGAACAAAAUGUAGUUAAUGUCCUGGCAUCUGUAGAAAUCAAUCCCCAAAUUAGUACUAGAGAGAUUUCUCGAGACUUGGGUAUUCCUCAAAGUACGGUUCACCGCAUUCUUCGAACCCAUAGGCUACAUCCCUACCAUAUCAACUUACACCAAGCCCUUUCUCCUCCGGAUUUCGACCAAAGGCUAGAUUUUUGCCACUGGCUAUUAAGCAUGAUAGCAGAAAAUCCUCAAUUUCUUUCAACUGUGUUGUGGACUGACGAAGCCACCUUUAAUAGCAAUGGGCACUUAAACUUACAUAAUAUGCACUUUUGGGCCCGAAAUAAUCCGCGCUGGCUUGGACAAGUUCAGCAUCAAGGGAGAUAUAGUGUAAAUGUUUGGUGUGGGAUAAUUGGAGGGCGGGUUGUUGGUCCAUAUAUUUUGGAGGGCGCAUUAAAUG